GGAAGCUGAUGUCGGGGGGCGGGGGGGAGGGGUGGUCACAGCUACUCCUCGGAUGUCCAGGAAGAAUUACUAGGAGCCGGAGAGCGGAGAAGAGAUUUAGGGCAGACUUCAGGAAGAACUUAACUGCCAGGAGCCCCGAAUCCCGGAAUGGGCGCCUCGGGGAGAUCUUCCACCCGGAAACAGCCAGCCGCGGCCCCCGGGGGCUCGACCUCCGCCGGCCCGGGGGCGGGGCUUCUGCAUCUCCAGUCCCUUCCAGCCUCGGGACUCGGGGGGCGCUGCGCCUGCCGCCCCCGGGGCUCAGCAGGGGAGGGGGAUGGCGGGGGCGGGGCCGUUGCUAGGGGAGGGGCUGCGGGGCGGGCGCGCAGCUCAGCCGGCGACCGAGACGAGCGAUCGGUUCUCCGGCUCCAGCUCCCGCGCCGCCUGUUGCUUGCUCCUCCGGGCCGCCGGUUCCUGCCCGGUGCCCCGGGCAGGCGGCCCGAGGGGUGCCGGCGCGCGGGCGCCCUCCCGCCUUCCCCUCUCCCCGCUCGCAGCCAGACCCCAGCGUCUCCCGGAGGGCGGGCGCCGGCCGGCCUCCCCGUGCGCCCCGGCCCGCGCGCGGAGACCUCGGGCGCUGAGCGGCGAUGAACGCGACCUUCCUGAACCACAGCGGCCUGGAGGCAGAGGGCGGCUUGGGCGGCGGCGGCGGGGCCGCCCUGGGGAACCGCAGCCACGGGCUGGGCACGUGGCUGGGCUGCUGCGCCGGAGGCGCGCCGCUGGCCGCCAGCGACGGGGUCCCCGCGGGGCUGGCGCCGGACGAGCGCAGCCUGUGGGUGUCGCGCGUGGCGCAGAUCGCUGUGCUCUGCGUGCUGUCGCUCACCGUGGUCUUCGGCGUGUUCUUCCUGGGCUGCAACCUGCUCAUCAAGUCGGAGAGCAUGAUCAACUUUCUGAUGCAGGAGCGCCGGCCCUCCAAGGACGUGGGAGCCGCCAUCCUGGGGCUGUACUGAGGCCGCCCCGGCCCGCGAUAGCCAGCCCGGCCCGCCAGCAGAAGAGAAGAGAGACCGCGACCCUCGUGCCCCGCUCGGGCUCUGCCGCCGCCGCCGCCGCCGCCGCCGGGCUGGCCGCGCGAGGGACAGUGACGGGCCCCCGGAGCGCCCCGGGACCGGGACACCGCGGGACUCGAGGCGGCGGCGCGGGAAGGGACUUCCACACCCGGCUGGUCCUGUGGGCACCUCGGCGUGGCGGGGCGGGAGGGGUCAUGCGAGGCCACCCGGGGCCGAGGUCACCGGCGUGGGAGUUUUGUGUGUUUGUGGGUGGGC